CGCGGCCGUCCGUUGGACGGUGCGACAUGGACGACUAUGCAGCCACAGCUCCGACCCGACACACGCAUCGACACAUCACACGGGCGCCACAGUGCAGUUGUUGUUCAUCUCAAUCUGUGACCACCACGCCAUGAUCGCCACCACCUAGCUCCCCCCUAGAUUCCCACGCUCCCAGCGCCUCCUCCCCUUUAAUUUCUUCUCUCUCUAGCCCCUUCUUGUGGUGUUUGCGCGGCGCACGCAUGCUGCGCAGACAGUAGAGAGUGGCCGUACGGCAGCAGCGGGAGAGGGAGGCCCUGCGACUGCAAAGCUGGCAUCUUCUGCCCCCGGCCCGGCCUCGCCCCCAACAGUGCAGAUUCUUCCCGCUCCCGCACCACAAUUAUGGGUGGCAGCCGCGCGGCGGGGAGAAGAUAGCUCAGCGAGGAGGGCAAGAAUACUGUGGCGGCUCGCCAUUGCUCUCCGGCCCGCAGGUCCAUAGCUUCUCCUAUCCAUUACGUCUGCCAACUGUUCGGAGCAAUGAAGCCUUCAGAUGACAGGGUGCAGCUCUCAGAUUUGACGCAAUCGGAAGAGUCUUCGCUUGAUGUGGAGGGGUAUUGCCAUCACCACGCGAUCUUUCCUUGUUCUCCGUCAAUGCAACCAGUUGCCUCCGGAUGUGUACACACAGAAAACAGCGCGGCAUACUUCUUAUGGCCGACAUCAAACCUACAGCAUUGUGCGGCUGAGGGGCGGGCAAACUAUUUUGGGAACCUCCAGAAAGGACUGCUGCCGGUGCUCCCUGGACGUUUGCCCAAGGGCCAGCAAGCAAAUAGCUUGCUUGACUUGAUGACUAUAAGAGCUUUCCACAGCAAGAUAUUGCGGCGUUUCAGCCUUGGGACGGCAGUGGGCUUACGCAUAAUAAAGGGGGCUUUGACAGAUAUCCCCGCCAUUAUUGUCUUUGUUGCUCGAAAGGUUCAUAAAAAGUGGCUCAAUCCGAACCAAUGCCUUCCCGCGAUUCUUGCGGGACCAGGAGGUGUUUGGUGCGAUGUUGAUGUUGUAGAAUUUUCAUAUUAUGGUGCACCGGCUCCAACUCCUAAAGAGCAGAUGUUCAGUGAGCUUGUGAAUAAGCUGUGUGGCAGUGAUGAGUAUAUUGGUUCUGGCUCCCAGGUUGCAAGCCAGGAUACAUUUGGAACGUUGGGUGCAAUUGUGAAACGGCGCACCAGCAACAAGCAGGUUGGUUUCCUCACCAACCGACACGUUGCAGUUGACUUGGACUACCCUAACCAGAAGAUGUUUCACCCAUUGCCACCCAAUCUUGGGCCUGGUAUUUAUCUUGGAGCUGUCGAAAGGGCAACAUCUUUCAUCACAGAUGAUGUUUGGUAUGGAAUUUAUGCUGGAACAAACCCAGAGACAUUUGUACGAGCUGACGGUGCAUUCAUUCCAUUUGCUGAUGACUUUGACAUAUCCACAGUCACUACUAUAGUUAGGGAGGUCGGUGAGAUUGGAGAUGUUAAGGUUAUAGAUCUGCAGUGUCCUAUCAAUAGCCUCAUAGGGAGGCAAGUUUGCAAAGUUGGCAGAAGCUCUGGUCACACGACUGGGACUGUGAUGGCAUAUGCCCUUGAGUACAAUGAUGAGAAAGGAAUAUGCUUCUUCACUGACCUCCUCGUUGUUGGCGAGAACCGCCAAACAUUUGAUUUGGAAGGUGAUAGUGGAAGCCUUAUUAUUCUGACCAGCCAGGAUGAGGAGAAGCCACGUCCUAUUGGGAUAAUAUGGGGUGGCACAGCAAACCGUGGGAGGAUAAAGCUUACAAGUGAUCAUGGUCCUGAAAAUUGGACUACCGGGGUUGAUCUUGGCCGUCUUCUUGAUCGUCUAGAACUUGAUCUUAUCAUAACCAACGAAUCACUCAAAGAUGCUGUGCAGGAGCAAAGGAAUGCUUAUGUGGCUGCGGUUAUGUCUGCUGUUGGGGAGUCUUCCAUGGUGGAUGUCACUGCAUCAGAAGCCACCACACAAGAGAAGGUUGAAGAGAUCUUUGAGCCUCUGGGAAUCAAAAUUCAGCAGCUGCCCCGUCAUGACAUGACAACCUCUGCAACUGAAGGGGAGGGUGCAGCCAACACGCCGUCUGAUAUGGAAGAGCAUCAGUUCAUUUCAAACUUUGUCGGCAUGUCUCCUGUAUGCCGUGACCAAGAUGCUCCAAGGAGCAUCAUCGCAAAUUUGAAUAAUCCAUCAGAGGAAGAGCUCGCCAUGUCGCUGCACCUAGGCGAACGAGAAUCGGACCAAGACCAGGAGAAGGGGACUCCCUCAGACCCUGAAUCGAGCCUAAACCUGGAGAAGCGGCCUCGCCCUGACACAGAACCGAGCAUAGACCUGGAAAAGCGGCCUCGGUGUGACCCAGAACCGAGCAUGGACCUGCAGAAGCGGCCUCGCUCUGACCAAGAACAGAGCAUAGACCUAGAGGAACGGCCUUGUUCUGACCCAAAACCGAGCAUAGACCUGGAGAAGUGAAGGGUCCAUUCUCGACGUUUCUGGAAUGAGCUUGUGGAGAAUCGAAGCAAGUAGAUGAAAGAUCUCCCGCAGUUCAGCAAACUGAACCUGCAAUAUUAGCUUAAGUUAACUAUUGGCUUCAUGGGGGAAGCAUAUCAUGUACUACUAUGGCACUUGAUUCAGCUCUUGUAGGAUGUUCGGUGGUAGCCCUGCAUUUUUGCUGUGCUCAUAAGAUUUGAUCAUAAUAAACAAUGCUCAAUCUGAAUAUUUUUGUCUUGGAAA